AUGGAUACCUGUGUUUAAUAGAUACAUUUGAUAGAUAUAUUGACACGUCCCUCGAUGAUUUGAUAGGAAAAGGAAGGGAGAGUAGAAUAUCAGAAUUUCUUCCACCUCUUGACCACAAUCAAUUAUUGACCCAGUAGGUACAAUAUCUUCUUCCUCUUCUCUCCCUCUGCACAAUCAUCAAUACCUUCUCUUCUCUUCUCGACUGACACUGACACCACGACGGUUUUUGAGUUUAAGAGGUUCAAGACAUUUCCCUCGAUUCAUCUCUUUUGACCUGCCUAGGUCCUAGGUCGCCGGGUAAAGUACUCUAAUUGAAACUAUUGUAAAGCUAAUUCAGCCUCAUACACAAGAGCCAUACUAGCCAUACUAGCCAUCUUCCUAAUCCUCAUAGCUUCUUCACGGGAAGAGACCAUUUUACGAAACACUAGGCCCAAACGGGAAUAAAAAGAAAAGAAAUCCAAUCAAAUGCGCCAUGGACCAAUGAGAGAUCUGGAACGAGACACAUUUAUUAAUCACAACUAACCUUAACAGAACGUGGUGGAAAUGUUACUUGCCGCUUUUCAUUUCCAUUUGGGCCGACACGACGAACCAAAGAGAACUAAAUAAAGACCUUUCGUACUUGACAAAUGCACUAAUAAGAACAUGUGAACUGGAGAACUGGUGAACUGGUGAACUGGUACUGGUGUACGAUACUAGACUAGGAGGUAUCUUUUCUAUCUAGGUACGGCUCUUUCCUUUCCUUUCCUUUUUGACUAGACUAGGUCCUUACGAUACCUACAUUCAAUCAAGCUUGGAAUUUUCUCCAUCUAUUAUCAAUCUAUUUUCCUACUUUUUUCUCUCUUACUACCUUUCCCUAUCUACGCUAUCUUUUUAUCUUUCCAUCUAUCCAUCCAUCCACCCAUCCAUCCAUCCAUCCAUCCAUCCAUCGCGCUUUCUCUCUCCUCUCCUCUCUCUCUCCCUUCCUCUUCCUCUUCCUCUCUUUCCAUUUCCAUACAUCUCUCCUCCUCCUCUUCCUCUCCCUCAUCACUUCUCCCUCUUCCUCCAAUUACAAUCGGUACUACGACCUUUAAACUCCACAUUAAAUUAAUCUCCUACGACUUCCCCAAUUUUCCUUUUUCGUCUUCUACUCUUCCUCCUCCUACAUCCAACCCUUCUCGUCCUCUUUGGUACCUUUCUUACAUCACCAAAACCCUCAACUUUACAUUCGUUCUCUUAUUACUUUCACUUUUUGAAGAGGGGAAGGAUUAUACCAAUCUCUUAGUAAUUUCAAACGGCGUGAAAUGGCUAUCAUUGUCAUCACUCUGUGACGGAUUUGAUUUGAUUAAUUAACUGGUUGAUUGAUCGACUUCAUUCAAUGGGAUACCUUGAUUGAUAUCUCAUAUUCUAAUCCCCUAAGACAUAUAUGAUCAUCGAUAACCUUACCAUUGGAGAGAGAGAGAAAAAAAUCCAUAAAGUCACCACGGAGAUACUUACUCCUCAAAAGUAAUUGAUCAUGUUUUAUUCGCUGCAAGAUUCUUAUCGGCUGGGGGUCGUCGCCAUAGGCCUCUUCGCCUUGGUCAAACAUGUUCAGGGAAUAUCUAUGGAGUAUUGCUCGUCCUUGAAUACAGGCUCUGGCAGUGCCAAUUCCUCUAUCUAUCAAUCCGAUGGUCUUUGUCACGAUUUCUGCUUGGAUGAAUAUGCUUUUGCGGUGGUACAAGGAUCAGAAUGUUGGUGUUCAAAUUAUGUGCCGGGGACGACAUCUUCGACGAGCGAUUGCAAUACCCCAUGCCCAGGUUAUCCAGAUGAUACGUGUGGUGGAGAUAGUUUAUAUGGAUACAUGUCUUUGACAUUAUCCCCAUCGGGAACAAAAGGAGCUGCUACAACAUUGUCGACUUCGACUUCAUCUGAGAAGGUAACUACUUCGACGUCGAGUCCUGAACCAGUGACCACUUCUUCUUCAACUGCUGAAGCCACCUCUUCUACUAUCGUUCAACCCAAAACUACUUCAUCAACUAGCUCUACGGAAGCAUCCAGUACUUCCACAAUACCACCAACUACAGUAGCCGCCCAGAAGUCGUCUUCGUCUACAUCGGGCUCGACAAGUUCUACGUGGACACCCACUCCAGUCAUAUCCCUCGAAACUGUGACCGGUCAAGUUCGAACGGUUACUGUUACCCCAACUGCACCACCAAACUCAAACAGCAACUCGUCGGCUUCGAAAGGAGAUGGAGGUUUGACCACUGGAGCUGCUGUGGGUCUCACGAUUGGUCUGGUAGCUUUAAUCGCAAUUAUCGCGGGCGUCGCAUACUUCUGUGUACGGAAGAGGAGACAAGAAAAGGCCGAACAAUAUGCAGCCGUUAAUAGUCGAAGGGAAAGCCUAGCCGGUGUAGCCGGUGUGGGUGGACCAAUACCAUCGAGAACCAUGAGCGAAAAUUCACGAUUUGUUCUCGGCACCGAUGGAAAACGCGUGGUCGAAACGUGGGAACCCGAAUUACAUACACCUGGAUCCAGGAGGAGUCAAUUGAUGCCUGUGGAUCCAAGACUGGAUCCUUUUGCUGCUCCCUAUCAACGUGGAGAUAAUAAGAGUCGAGAGAGUAUCAAUACUAUUCGAGAUGAUCACGAUUACUCGAGGCGCGUUCAUCAAACAGGACCAAUACUUCGAGCUGUCAACCCUGAUCCCGAUUAACAAUGAUUGCAUCCUUUCCUUUCUCGCCACACACGAUAUUACGAACCUUCUAUUUUCACCUUCAGAAACAUACAGGAUUUGAACGUUUUCACCGCAAUUUAGGUGAACGUUGGAGUUUUCAGCGACACAUCUCGGAUAAUACCCUUCCCGAAGACAGCCAGAGUUUAAUUGAAAGAUUUGGGGCUCAUUCAUAAAUAGCACUUGGAUUAAGUAUCAUAUUCAACCCUUACCAAGUCAAUAAUGGUAAUUUGUCAUAUGACUACGACAAUCCUUGGUGUGGCUUGCUUCGGUACACCUUUUCAUUUUUUCAUUUCAAACUGUAUUCAUAGAUUUUACACGCACAAGCGAUGGCCUGGUUCAAUGUUGGAUGAGAUGCUCAAAAGAGAUGUCUUCUAUUCUUUGAACUUGUUAUUAAGAUGCAUAUAUGUGCUUAGUGGAGGCGAGAGGAAAUAGGUUAAAAAGCAAACGGUGGAUUGUACAUACAUUGGAGAUUGAAAAUUAAUUCAUCUCGGAAAACUUCUGGCUUGUUAAUGAGUUGCUGGGAUGGGUGUAAAUGGAUAGGAAUACGGUUCCUGGAAUGAUCCAGCGAAACAUAGGUACAUGGACAUACAAUAUUAAAAUUAAGAAAUUAUUGUGUAUUAAUUG